AUGACUGCUGAAAAGUUUACUGUCUAUUCCUUCGUCGGUUCGCAAUGGGCCGGUGUAGCUCAUCUUGCGCUUGCUCAGAAGGGAUUCAGUAAAGACGACUACGAUAUCAAAGAGAUCAAUUUGGUUUCCGCGGACAAUUUUGACCCCGAAUACCUCAAGAUCAAUCCCAACGGCACCGUCCCAUCACUCGUAUCGCCAUCUUUGCAAGCGCCAUUGACUGAAAGCACUGAAAUCCUACGAUAUCUGGACAGUCUCCGCCAGAAUGGCUCUCUUGUACCGACCGACACCGAAACGAAACGAAAGGCACAAGCUAUCAUGGAUCUUGUCCACUCUGCACAAGUGGGCACGAAUCUCAUCCUAUUCCAAGCUCGCGAUAACGCUGAAAUGGAAGCCAAGAAGGCAAGUCCAUGGAACGAGUUCUUAACCAAUCGUCAAAAACGACUAGAAAAAGAGCACGCCGUUGAUCCCGCUCAUCCAUUUUACGUGCCCAAGGCAGCGGAGAAUGGAGCCGUUCACAAACUAUACGACUCCGACGUGGGCGAUGAGCACAAAAGUUUCUAUGCCUUGACAGACAGCAUGUAUCGGGAUUUCGCGACUGGAGUGAACAAGCUGGAAACACUGCUGGAGUUGCCGUACGCUGCAUCAGAUCACCUCACAGAGGCGGAUUUUCAUGCUAUCCCGUGGCUAGCACACGCUAUGUGGGGAGCUGGAACUGUCCCUACGGAUAUUCAAGAUUUUUCAGUAUUGGAGGCGUUGGUACAAAAGUCGGUGCCGGAGUUUAAGAUUGGACCUAGGCUGAGGGCUUGGUGGUCAAAUGUGUCGGAGACGCCUGCUUUUAAGCAGGUAUUUGCUGAGCUUCAUUAG